UGUCAGCUGCUUGCAAUCACAAAAUUGUUAAACGCAGUUUUUUAAUUGAAAUUAUUAAAUUUGUUUCUUCCUGAUAUCUUGUAUUGUGGUUAAAUGGAUGGCAAUUGAUUGAGGUGUAUGUUAUUAGUGUUUUUCGGUGCCUGAAUAUCGACGCAUAAUCAUGCCGGGCACAAACCUCAUAGUCCCUGUAGUGCUCUGGGGCAAAUACGCCCCGACACACUGCGUCUCAGCUGUCUACCUGUCGAGAGACCAGAAGACCCUGGUUACGGGUUGCUACGAUGGCCAGAUCUGCAUCUGGGCGGUGGACCCGGAGUCGCUGAAGAUGACCCCUCGCUGCUUACUCGUGGGGCAUACCGCUCCUGUCACUUGUUUGUCUAGAGCUUCUAUUAUUCAGGAUAACAACUUCAUUGUGAGCUCAUCUGAAGCUGGAGAGAUGUGCACUUGGGACCUCGUGGAUGGGAAGUGCCGUGAGAGUGUCAAGCUGUCUCAAAUCCACACUAACAUACAGGCUUAUCACAUGUGCAACAGCGAUGACUUACGAUUAUUCUGCAAUGGCUACUACGCUGAGAUUCUCAUCAUGGACCCAUUCUCAUUGGAGAUACUGUUCUCACUCAGCUCUAAGAUGAAUCCGGACUGGAUAUCCGCUCUGCAUGUGCUCCGACCAUCGUCGAGGAAAGACGACGUGGUAUUGGCUAUUUCAAUUACUGGAACUGUCAAAGUGUGGUCCCUUCUAGGCCACGAGAAUAAGCAAUCCGAGCCAAUAUACGAAAAUGAGUCGAAGCAGAUUCGCUGUCUCAAUGCGCUGUCGCUAAACUGUUGCGCUUACAAUCAGAGAACAGUGCUCAUUGUGUGUGCUAAGUACUGCCAAAUCUAUGAUGCUGGUGAUUUCUCCGUCCUCUGCUCAAUCCAAGCUCCGACCGGGGAGCGUUGGAUGUCCGGGGAUUUUCUAGCCCCCGAUCGAGUCCUAGUCUGGUCUACGGAGGGCAAGGGGUACCUCUACAGGCUUCCUGCCAACUCUGUACCGGAUCACAAAGGUUUCCACGGGCCUACGGUGGCCCAUGAUAGCCCAGUUCUGUUCGGUAUUUUGGCCCAUCCUGAUAACAAACUAUUGUCGUGCCCGCCCGCCAUGCGGUUCGUGAUCACGUCGGUUGGAGGCAAACAGCGGCGUCUGUUGCUGCGUGGCGAUUCACUUGGGACCGUGUCCGUUUGGAACGUCGACGACGCCGCUACGCCGGCAGUGGGGACAACUCCUUCCCACGCCCCUAUCGUGCUGACCAGUUUGGAUAUGGCUUGGGCAGAAAUGAACCCCAGUCCCGUUGGUAUUUUGGAUCAGUUACACCACCCCGAGGAGCCUGAAGUAAAACUCACAGCUUCCAUUUACCUCCUAGCUGCAAACCGUCUUGUAGUAGGUCGAGAAGAUGGCUCCAUAGUCAUAGUGAACGCUACCCACACUGUCCAACUACAGUUGCUGCAUGGAAACCACCAACAGCUAGAUGAUUGGCCACCUCAUCAGUUGCUUCACGGCCAUAAUGGGAGGGUCAACUGUCUCUUGUACCCUCACCAUGUUCAUCCAAGAUACGAUAGAUCUCACCUAGUCUCUGGAGGUAUAGACUUCGCAGUAUGCCUGUGGGAUCUGUUCAGUGGUCAGCUGUUGCACCGUUUCUGCGUGCACGCAGGCGAAAUCACGCAACUUAUAGUCCCGCCGCACAACUGUUCUCCCCGAAUCCAGAAGUGCAUUUGCUCCGUUGCAUCAGAUCACAGCGUGACAUUGUUAAGUCUUGCCGAGCGGAAAUGCGUGACACUAGCGUCACGCCAUCUGUUUCCGGUUGUGAGCAUAAAAUGGCGUCCAGGCGAUGACUUUAUGGUCGUCGGAUGCAGCGAUGGCACCGUCUAUGUGUGGCAAAUGGAAACUGGGCAUUUAGACAGGGUGUUGCAUGGUAUGAUAGCAGAAGAAGUAUUAGCAGCAUGCGAUGAAACUGUAGCAGAUGACCUUGGAGGUUCCUUAGCUGCCGGCGGUGGCGGCAGCGAUUUGCAAGGCGCCGCGAAUCCUGCUGUGCAUUUCUUCAGAGGCCUGCGUCACCGCAACCUGAACGCGAUGCGCGCGGCCACGCAGCGCGGCAUCGCCGCCCUGCAGGCGCCCUCCGCCGGCGGCGGCGCCGGCCCGCUGGCCGAGCCCGCGCGCGCGCGCCGGGCGCAGCUCACGGUGCAAGGCUUCAGGAGCAACCCUAAAGAUCCGGAGAGCCACAUCCUCUUCUUCGAUAUCGAAGGGCUUAUUGUCGAGUUGCUGAGCGAAGAGUAUUCCGCCAUGAGCCCUGGGACUUUGGAGGCUGCCGGUCUAAUCACCAGCGAAUACAUGACUAUGGCCGCUCUCACGCAAUCUGCAAGCCCUGACGCCACAAAAAGGAUAUCCGGUAUCCUGUCGAAGAUGAAAGAGGGUGCCGAGACGGUCCAGACCAAACUGCAGGCAAAGGCGGAACAGCUGAAGGGCCACAUGGAGAAAAAAGAUCAAUCCAGCCAGGGUCAGAAGAAGCGUCCCGCCGACAUGACUUUAGCUGAACCUCCUCACACCAUGCAGAUUGCCCAGAUCCUGAUAUCACUGCUCCACGCUUGGGGGCUUGAUCCUGACCUGGACAGGGUCUGUGAGGCUAAACUGGGACUGCUGAGACCUAUGGUGCCAGUUUGCUUCGGCGUGGUAUCCCGUCAUGGCCACAUGGCUGUGCAACUGCCGACGCGACUCGGCUCAGUCACUGCCGGGGUGAAGGAUCCUCAACUCCUCAAGUCGGACUUGCCACCGGAGCUUCUGAGGCAGGAGGAACUUACCAGACUGUUCUCAUCGAAACUACACUGGGAACUCAGCACGACCCUGACAACCAACCAUUUGCUGUCCAUCGUGGCUCUAGCCAACACUCUCAUGUCCAUGAGCAACGCCACCUUCAUACCAGAACAGGAGUUUAACCGGAGGAUGCACAGACCUUCAACAAGGAGCUCAUCAUCCUGGGCUGGUGAUGAAGAAAGGGCUGAACAAUUGGCCGCUCAGCAGCAGCAUAUCAAACAGGGCUGGUCUCUGUUAGCUACGCUUCAUUGCGUUCUGCUGCCUGAUAAAGUGGUUGCUGCUGGAGCAAAAAGCUUCAAGCGUCCGCAAGUCGAAAUGCUUGCUCGCAGAUGGCAGCACCACUGCUUGGAGGUGCGCGAGGCGGCGCAAGCGCUUCUUUUGGCUGAACUUGGAAGACUGGGCCCUAAAGGUCGCAAGGGUUUGGUCGACAACUGGGCUCAGUACCUGCCUCUAUACACGCACACUGAAAGUAUCAACCCUCACGCUGCUCAUAAGGAACCCGCUGAGAAAGUCGCUAAAGCUGAAGAAGAAUUCGAAGAGGAGGAGGAAGAGAUAGUUCGCAAGCCCUCCUCGCUGGCUGAACUCAAACGCAAGCAGACGACGGCUGUCGUCUUACUUGGUGUCAUCGGGGCUGAGUUCGGGCAAGAUAUCACUAGUGAAGGAGCGGCGGGCAAUAAAAGACGCAAGGAUGGGGAUAGCAGGAAAAGCUCCGUCGUUGAAGGUUUCACCCUAUCAGCGUCGAACAACCUGGCUCGUCUCACGGCGCUCGCGCUCACACAUCUACUCCUAUCGCCGCCGUGCGCUCGCCUGCCAGCGCAUACGCCGCUGCGGCGCGCGGCGGUGGACUUACUGGGGCGAGGGUUCACUGUGUGGGAGCCUUAUUUGGACGUCAGCCAUGUUUUGUUAGGUCUGCUAGAGAUGUGUUCGGACGCGGACAAGUUGGUGCCGUCCAUGAGCUACGGACUGCCGCUUACCGCACAAGCUGACUCCUGCCGUACAGCGCGCCACGCGCUCACACUUAUCGCCACCGCUAGGCCAGCGGCGUUUAUAACAACCAUGGCCCGUGAAGUCGCUCGCUGCGCCGCCGCGCAGCAGUCUGGACAGCCUUCUCCCGCCUACCACGCUUUACAGAAGGGCAGGGCCGAAGUCUUGAGAGGAAUCGAGCUGCUUAUCGAUAGGAUGCAUAAUGAAGUUGCCGAGUUAUUAGUUGAGGUGAUGGACAUAAUUCUGCACUGCGUGGACCAGUCCCAUCUAAAGAGCAAGGGUUUAAACGAGGUCUUCCCAGCAAUCUGCCGGUACAACCAAGUGUCUCAUUGCCCCGCUACUAGAAGGAUUGCAGUGGGCAGUCACACCGGCCAACUAGCCAUGUAUGAGCUCCGCGCCGGUCGCUGUCAGUCCCUCGCCGCCCACAGCGGUCCGGUUACCGCUUGCGCCUUCAGCCCUGACGGACGCUAUCUAGUGUCGUACGCUACGGCUGACAAUAGGCUUUCAUUCUGGCAGAGUACCGCUGGUAUGUUCGGCCUCGGCGCCGCGCAGACCCGCUGCGUGAAGUGCUACAGCACGGCGCCCAUGGCCGACGUGGCGCGGCUCAACCCCGCGCGCCUCGCGCGCCUCGUGUGGACCAACUCGCGCACCGUCACGCUUAUGCUGGCCGACGGCUCCGAGACUCGCUUCAACGUCUAGACAACUCUAGAAGAUAGAAAAUUCUACUCCAAAACAAGUAAAAACAAAAGUUUCUAUUAGUAUCCUGGUCACGGCACCAAAUUGUAAUCAUAGUUUAUACAGAACCCCAAAAGUCUAAAAAGAAGUGUAGCUGCUAUGUGAAGUGCUACAACUCCGCGCGUCUCGCGCGUCUCGUGUGCUUGCCGACGGUUUCGAGACAUGCUUACUUAAAUCCACUCAAACGGCACCAAAUUGUAAACAUUGUAUAGCCCCAAAAGUCUAAAAUAAAUGUUGGUGGACGCAGAGGAGUCGAUCAUGAAAACUCGGUGCGUGAAGCUUCAAUCCCGCGCGCCUCUUGUGGACAAACUCGCGCACCGUCACACUCAUGUUUACCAACGGCUCCGAGCUUGUAAAACAAAGAAUAAAUAUCCUGGUCAGGGGCACCACAUUGUAACUGGUCUAUUGUUAAAGGCUAUCUCAUUCUGGCUGGCUCAUUUCACCUCAGUAAGGUAGCCUUCGCUUCAACGUACAAAAUAUCCUGGUCAGGGGCACCGCAUUGAAACAAGCUUACUCAAAAUCUUAAAUCAAAAAAUUAACUUACCAUAGCAUAAGGUUAAGUAAUACAAGAACCUAUAUAUCUAUUAAAAGUAUUACUGUAUAUUGUCAUCAGAAAUCGAAAUGUGACAAUACUGUUUUAUGUAAGAAUUAUGUAACUAAUAGUAAUAAAUAGUGCACUACUUUAUAAUGUUUCCUAUGUGUAUUUAUCGCUGUAAAUUGUUUAUAUUAAUUGUGAUAUAUGUAACUAAUGAAGCAGAAAUGUAUUUCUUUUGACCUUUAAAAAGUUAUUGCAAUAUUGUAGAACUGACAAUUAUGUAGAACUGAGUUAAUUGUAAAAAUAUUUUUCGACUAAAAUCGUUUAUUUUGUUUGGUUAGAUGAUAUACAUAUACAACCUGAAUAGUCAAUUUUAUUUAUUCAAUUUGAGACUUGGGUCUUUAUAAUACUUAUUUAAAAUGUGAUGUAAAUUAGACUUAUAACGUAGAUUUAAUUAUAUUAAAUUUUCACUAUAUUAACAUUAUUAGCACAUGUAAAGAUGUAUGAUUAAUCAAAGUAUAUCUACGACAUAAGUUUGCUGACGUAUUUAUGUAAAUGUUAGUUUACUAUUACCGCAUCCAACUAAGUUUAAACGCAGAUCUAGUAUGAAAUGUUUCUCCUUCGUGUUUUCGCGGAAAUUCGCGAACCAUGUUAUUUCUGUCGGGCUCAGUAUAAGAAGUACUGACUCACCGAGCUAGCACGACAAAUACGAACGUUUCCAAUAAAAUACGAUGGAUAUCAUAUCUGUAGUGGCUGUUACAUACCUGAUUUAAAUUUUCACGAUUAUUAUACAUUAUUUUUAAAUCGGGACUUAAUCGCGUAUGACUACAUAUUAAACUGACCUCCAACGUUUCAGGGACGGCGUUGUCCCCGUGGUCUCGGAGAAGACUAGCUUGAAAUGACAUCAACACCUUCUGACAGCCGCGCGAGUUUUUCGAACUACCCGCACUUGGUUUUGAUUAUCGAUAUACGCGAUUAAGUCCCGAUUUUAAAUAUAAUUAUGUUACAUACCUAGCAGGCAGUCAAAAAGUAAUGAUAAGCAGUUCUGACUUUUGAAGUUCUGACUGCAGUGAAAGGGUUAAUGUGAUACCUAUAACUUUGUUUUGUCCUUGUUGGCAUUUAUGUUUAUUGAUGUUUAAUGUUACAAAGUAUAAUAAAUUAUUGCUAUUUAA